AUGACUGGCGUCUGUUCAAGCGAGUUGAUGAUCAACGGGAGGGCAGUUGAUACAGGCAGUCCUGGACAAUCUGCGAUCCAGAGCACAAUGGUCACGGAAGUAAAUGGAAAUGUGCCUGACGUGGAAAUGCCAAGCGUCCCCGAACCCAAUCCACUAUCUGCACUCGAGAACGUGACCAGCACAUCUCUUCUUCCUCUAACUGAAACUGACGAGACAGCGGAGCAAGCCCACGAAGGCUAUAAGGCUGGAGAAUCAAGGAAGUAUGCGAUGCGCAAACAAAAACAUGCGAAAGAGACUGAUAGAACUCUCACCAUCUUGAUUCUGAUUGGGGGUGCGAUUGUUUUUAUUACUUUGGCUCUGUUAUUACUGCUGGUAGUGAUUAUCGUCAGAAUCAGAAGGAAACGCGCGAAACAAAAGCCCAAAGAAGGACCCGUCGCGACGAAGCAACCACGUAAAAUGGAAAGUGAAGAUUUAAACAGAGUGAAAUUCCAAACCGCGGGGCCAUUGGUGAUGAAUCAAAAGCUGAGAGGUCCAGUGGGUGAUGGCGCUAGUAUAGAUCAGGGAACAGCAGAGCUUGAAAGUGUUAUGAAGCCGAAUGCGGCGGGAACACCUGCACCUAGUCGGCCAAAAACUACACGUAAACCUGUAACGAUGGCUUCAACACAACCUCGUCCCGCACCAGUUCGAAAACCGCCUAAUCCAAGCAAAAUACGACGGAACGAGGUGUGA